AUGACGCUCAAAGACACCUACCAACGCUUCCUCGACCUGCCAAAUCCCAUCAGCCUUUCUGAGAAUGCCUCCCUUCACUACAUCACAACCUUGACCACCUUUUCGCAGCCUGCACAGAUUAUCCGACAUCUCGAAUCUCACGAUAAAAAGGUGGUGAAGACAAGAAGCGCAAGAAUCCUCUCGGUUGUCGAAGGGGGAUUCGCAUUGGCAUUGGAGGUCGAGACAAUCCUAGAGUUCAUUUCAGGAGGAGGAGUAUACCUGCCAGGUCUCGAGAAUUUCGUGGUCGACAAGAUAGCGACUAUUCCGACGACUCAUUUCGUCCUCUUCGAUGCGGACGGCAAGAUCUCUCAAAUCAGAAUAUCCUGGGAUCAGGGCUCGCUGUUGAAACAGACCGAAGUGAUCGGGGCAAGGGCGAAGAAUUGGCCCCUCACUGACGGCAAGGAUCAAGUCAGACUCAUCAGUACCAGUUCGACGACCGCGCCCACCGUGGCUUCGCAAUUGCCCAGCAGUCCGCGUGGACGAUCCGAGAACCAAAGCCUUGCCUCCUCUCGAAACGUGUCUCCCGGGAAAAAGCACAUUAAAGACCCAUACGCGAGUCUUGACCUCUUCUCUGCAAAACCCGUCGACGAGCCCGCGCCUCUGGUAAGCCCGAACGCCGUGGCACCACGCGCUUCCGCGAAACCUCCACCCCGCGAAAUGAGUGAACUUUUUGCUGCUGGUCAUGAAGACCAUGAGCCUGGGUCGCCUAAAAAGGUCCCAGCUCAACCGGUCAUUGCACCAAAGGGAGCUGGAAGUCAAAAGUUUGCACCUCCCCGCCUCUUUGCAGACGAUGACAAUGAGCCUCAGGCCGUGGGCUACAAGUCUGACCCUUCCAAAUACAACCACUUUGAUAUGGGCGAUACAAUCGAGAAUGAUCCCAUGCAAUACCGAGAAAAUUCUGGGAAACCAAAGACGGUGCCAUUGCGUCCCAGAACGAACAAGCAUCUGUCUCAGUGGGAUUUUGACGACUUUUCGACACCGGCCAAGGUUCCGCAGAAGGUUCGAGGUCAAGAUGUGGUGCAUUUCAGCCUGGACAAUAACAACAGAGACGUUGAGACUCCUGCUGGUGCUGGAAGGAGAGCUACUGGCAAGCCACGCCGGGAUAACGACGCCCAUUUUGAAUUUCAGGAUGAUGGCACUCCAGUUGAGCGACACGUCGUGCCCAAGCCACGCAAAGAUGCCGAGACGCACUUUGAGAUGAGAGAUACUGCCACCCCUGCUCCCAAUCGCACGUCAGACCGUCCAACUAGUUCAGGCCGACAGGGACUGUAUGACAACAACAUAUUCGAUGAAGAUGAAGGUUACAGACCAAAAGAUAAGGCCCCGCUGUCAACCAUCACCAACAACGCAAGUCGAAAGAAUGAUUUUGGCAGCCAUUGGUCCAUGUCAGAUGUGUCGCCUGCCAACGAGAAAAGCAACGAGAACAAUGGGAUUCGGGGACACCAGAAGAAACCCUCUCAGAUGGACGCUCACUGGGAUACUUCCGAUCAGACCCCGGAACAGGUUAAGGCACCAAGUCAAAGUGGACUCAGAAAGGGAAUGGAGAGUCACUGGAGCCAUGGAGACUACGAGCAGCCGACUCCUAAGAAUCAGGGCAAGGCUCAAAAGAGUUUCUGGGACUUCUGA